AUGUCGCUGAUGCCCCAGCGCCGCCAACCACGAUCGUGGUUCCACUUCCACUUGCAUGGUUUCGCAGCCGUCCACUCCAUCGCCUGCAGCUUCGCCUCCUCAGUGACAGGCAGCCGAUUCACAACAACGGACGAGACCUGGUCCACGCUACCACUCCGCCGGUUCACCUACCGCGAGCUACAGCAGGCCACGCAGUGGUUCGGCCCGAGCCAGAUCCUGGGCCGCGGCAGCUUCGGCACGGUGUACCGAGGCUCGGUGGAGGAGUGGCUCGGCGAGGAAGAUGACAGGAAGGUUCCAGGGGAGGAGAGAGGAGGAGGAGGGAAAGCGCAGAGGACCGAGGAAGAAAGAGCAGGGAGAGCAGGAAGAGCAGGAAGAGCGGGUGGUGGUGCUUCAGGUGGUGGUGGUGGUGGAGGUGGGACGCCACGUCAGCGUGACGUGGCAGUGAAGGUGCUACACAGCGGCAGUUUCAAGGCCGUAGAUGAGUGUAUGUCAGAGAUUAUAAUGCUUGGGAGUUUAAACCACCCUAAUCUGGUGCGGCUGCUAGGGUACUGUGUGGACUUGAAUCGGCCCCGGGGGGGUGCUGCUGCAUUGCUGGUGUAUGAGCUUAUAGAGAGGGGGAAUCUGCACACGUGGCUGUAUCCACGUCAGCAGGAGGAGCAGGAGGAGGAGGGGGAGGGGGAGGAGAGGAAGCGGAGGUGGGGGGGUAUGAGUGAGGCUGCUACAGAUAACGCUGCUGCUAUAGAUGAUGCUGCUAUACGGGAUGCUGCUGCUACAGCUGCUGCAGCGGCUAGGGGUGUGUCUGGUGCUGCUGCCAGUGCCGUUGAUCCCGCCACGCCUGUGCUGACGUGGCAGCAGCGCGUGCGCAUAGCUGUGGACGUGGCAAGAGGGCUGGAGUACCUGCACGGGCAGAACGUGAUUCACAGGGACUUCAAGACAUGCAACAUUUUGCUGGAUGAGCACAUGCGUGCGAAGCUGACGGAUUUCGGGAUGGCAACUGCAGGGCCUGAGGCGGGAAAGUCGCACGUGUCGACACGCAUCAUGGGGACAAUGGGGUACUUGGACCCUUCGUAUAUUGACACAGGCCACCUCACCGCGCGCAGUGACAUCUACUCGCUGGGGGUGGUGCUUUUGGAGCUGGCAACAGGCAGGUCGCCGGGUGCUGCUGAGAAGACCCGCUGCCUCCUGCCCUGGGCUCUCACACACUUGGAUCGCUGUGAACAGUCUGUACAGCAGCAGCAGCAGCAGGAGGAGGAGCAGAAGCAGCAGCAGCAGCAGCAGCAGCAGCAGCAGCAGCAGCAGCAGCAGCAGCAGCAGCAGCAACAACAACAACAGCAACAGCAGCCGCAGCAGCUUCAAGGAUCAACUUCGGUUCGGAGAGCCAUUCGUGCUGAGGCCGCUUCGGACGCUCAACAAAACGGAGCAGCGACAGAAAAGGCCGCUGCGCUGAUCCUUAUCCGCCAUGGCGAGUCUCUCUGGAACUCUAAGAACCUAUUCACAGGCUGCGUGGACGUUCCUCUGUCGGAGAAGGGUGUCAAUGAGGCCAUUGAGGCAGGAAAGAGAAUCUCCGAGAUUCCCGUUGAUGUCAUUUUCACCUCCGCGUUGAUCCGCGCUCAAAUGACCGCCAUGCUGGCCAUGACGCAGCAUCGCCGUAACAAGGUUCCUGUCAUCCUGCACGAGGAGAGCCAGAGAGCCAAGGACUGGAGCCGAAUCUUCAGCGAGAACACCGACGAGGAGAUCAUUCCCGUCAUUACUGCGUGGGAGCUGAACGAACGCAUGUACGGAGAACUCCAAGGAUUGAACAAGAAGGAGACGGCAGACAAGUACGGCAUGGAGCAAGUCGUUCUCUGGCGUCGAUCGUACGACGUCCCGCCUCCCAACGGCGAGUCCCUCGCCAUGUGCGCUGAGCGCGCUGUGGCAUACUUCAAGGAAAAUGUGGAGCCGAGACUCACGGCUGGCGAGAAUGUGAUGAUUGCGGCGCAUGGCAACUCGCUUCGUGCCAUCAUCAUGUACCUUGACAGCCUUACGUCGCAGGAGGUGAUUGAGCUGGAGCUCUCUACGGGCGUCCCCAUGCUCUACAUCUUCCAAGGAAGCAAGUUCCUCCGCAGGGGCUCUCCCCUCCGCUCAAACGAUAUCGGCGUCUUUGCACUCACAGAGGAUCUGGCGCAAUAUAGAACCAUGUUGGACACCAUAUCCGAAGGCCGGAGCUGA